AUGGACAACAUCUCCUCCUUCUCCUCAUUCUCUCUCACAGCUCUGAAUGACACCAGCAGGUCCGGCAGGAUCGCUAUUUUCUCUUUCGUCCUCCCAGGCUAUUUAAUGACCAUUUUUGUGAACGCAUCCUUAAUUUUCAUAAUUGUUCUGGAGAAAAUUCUCCACCAGCCUAUGUAUAUAUUUGUAUGCAAUUUGUGUAUAAACGGAUUGUUCGGAGUCACAGGAUUGUAUCCACCCCUUCUGUAUUAUUUACUAAAUGAAACCAAUGUUAUCUCUCUGGAAGAAUGUGCCAUCCAAAGCUUUGCCAUUUUCUCUUAUGCAAUAGGUGAGUUUACUAAUCUGUGCAUAAUGGCGUUCGAUAGAUACUUAGCAAUUUGCAGACCUCUGUACUACCAUACUGUCAUGACAACCAUCACGGUUUGGAGACUGGUAACUUUCAUUUGGAUGUUUCCCUGCUGCACUGCAAUACUGAUGAUACUGAUGACACUCAGGUUUCCUAUUUGCAUGAACCAGAUAGACAAACUGUACUGUGAAACCUGGGUCUUGGAGAGACUUGCCUGCACGGUGGACACUGCUCAGUUUGUGCUCAGUGGAAUAUUAACAUGUGCUAUUAAUGCUCUGGUAUGCUUUGUGUUUGUGUCUUACAUAAAAAUCCUGAUCGCUUGUAGGCACUCUGUUCAAAAUCACAAGAAGUUCAUGACAACAUGCCUGCCACAUUUGAUAGCCUUUUUUAAUUAUGUGGUCUGGUCACUUUUUAGUAGUUUCUAUGAGCGCUUUGGAACUAGCAGCUUGUCUCAGGGUUUUAAAAACUUCUUGUCACUUUCCUUUCUGAUCAUUCCACCUUUGGUUAAUCCUAUAAUAUAUGGAAUUGUACUAACGCCUAUUAGGACUAAAGCAAAAAAUGUAUUCCAAAGCUUAAGAGUAAGUCAUACCGAUUGA